GCGCGCUGACGCUGCCGCUCGCCCCUGGCAGAUGACGGGCCUGGACGUGGAGAAGGACCAGAUCCUGGAGAUGGCGUGUCUGAUCACGGACUGCGACCUCAACGUGCUGGCCGAGGGCCCGAACCUGAUCAUCAACCAGCCCGACGAGCUGCUGGAGAGCAUGUCCGAGUGGUGCAAGGAGCAUCACGGCAAGUCUGGCCUUACUAAGGCUGUGAAGGAGAGCAAGAUCUCGCUGCAGCAGGCAGAGUACGAGUUCCUGUCCUUCGUGCGGCAGCAGACGCCCCCAGGGCUCUGUCCUCUCGCAGGUAACUCUGUUCAUGCAGAUAAGAAAUUCCUUGACAAAUACAUGCCGCAGUUCAUGAGGCACCUUCAUUACAGGAUCAUUGAUGUGAGCACUGUCAAGGAGCUUUGCAGGCGCUGGUAUCCAGAGGAAUACGAGUUUGCACCAAAGAAGGCGGCUUCUCACAGAGCACUUGAUGACAUCAGGGAAAGCAUCAAAGAACUCCAGUUCUACAGAGACCACAUCUUCAAGAGGAAAACAGAUGAGAAGAAAAGGAAACUGAUUGAGAAUGGGGAAAGUGAUAAAGCUGCCAGCUGAUUUCCCCUCCCGCCACACCAGCCCAUAGCACACACUAGAUGCGUCUCCUGGUUCUUUUUUGUUUGCCAGUCCUUGGGAAGCUGCCCCCUGGGUUACCUUGUUUCUUACCAGCUGUUCGAUGCAGAAGCCUGAGCUGCUGCUGCUUUUCAGUUUGAGUGGGGAAUCAGCAUGCUGGGCCCCAGCAGCACCCGGGUUCCGAUGUUGUAGCUAAACCAUGCUGUUUGAUACUCCUUGCACCUGCUUUUAGGUGCAGCCUUUCUUUCAAACACAAUAAAACAGGUCAGUUGAAA